AUGUCCAGCUCUGUCCCUGUUGCGAACGCCUUGAGCGACAUCUAUCCUCCUGAUGCGCUCUCUGAGCAAGGACCACGAUGGAACAACCUUCUCAACAAGUUCGAAUCCACCUACGGACAUGCUGCUUCAUUCGUUGCUCGCUCUCCUGGACGAGUAAACAUCAUUGGAGAGCACAUUGACUACUCUCUGUACUCAGUGCUGCCUAUGGCCAUUACCGCCGACACUCUUCUCGCUGUCUCUGCUACACCCGCUGCCGACGAUGCCAAGUCGUUCCGUAUCCGCAUCGCAAAUGUGGAGGACGACAAGUUUGAGGCCGCAGACUUCGAGGUUCCUUUCGACGGCGACGUUUCGAUCGAUGCGACCAAGUUGGAAUGGACCAACUACUUCAAGAGUGGUCUGAGAGGUGUGAUGGACCUGCUGAGGAAGAAGUAUGGCAAGGAUUUUAAGCCAUGUAGCAUGAAUCUGCUUAUGGAUGGCACUGUUCCUGUUGGGGGAGGAUUGAGCUCCAGUGCUGCUGUGGUCAGCACAAGCUCACUAGCUAUCAUGUUGGCCAAUGGUGAGAAGACAGUGGACAAGACUGAGCUUACUGAGCUUGCCAUCGUGAAUGAACGUGCAGUAGGAGUCAACUCAGGAGGCAUGGACCAAGCAGCCUCAGUUUUCUCCGAGAAGGGCGCAGCUACCUUCGUCUCAUUCAACCCAAGCCUCAAAGCCCAACCAGUUCAUUUCCCUCCCACCAGACCCGAGAUCACCUUCGUUAUUGUGCAAUCUUUUGUUACAUCAAACAAGCAGGUCACUGGCCCCAUCCACUACAACCUGCGCGUAGUCGAAUGUAGCAUUGCAGCAUCCUACCUUAACGCUGUCCUCAACCCACCCGGAACCGAGCUUCCGGAGGAUGCAGGCCCCCUGGGUGUCAGUCUCGGAGGUUUCCACGAUACUUUCUUUUACCACCAGAACGGCUCAGAUUACUCCGCCGCCAAGACCCUUACCAAGGAGGAGGAAUUGGAAAAGCUGAUCGAGAUUACCGAGAAGACGCUUACACAAGAAGAGGGAUACACACGAGAGGAGGUUGCCAAGGUGCUCAACAUUACGGUGGAGGAUCUGGAGAAGCGAUUCAUGUCCAAGCUUCCUGUGCGUGCUGAGCGUUUCAAGCUCCGCCAGCGUGCUCUGCAUGUCUUUAGAGAGGCACACCGCGUAAUUCGUUUCAUGAAGCUUCUAGAGAACCCUGUUCACACCGGAGCUUCGGAUACCAGCAAGUUCAACGCAGAACUCGGUUCGCUACUGAACGAGACGCAAGCAUCCUGUCGCGACCUUUACGAGUGUAGCUCCCCUGAACUGGAUGAGAUUUGCGCCAUCUCUCUUCAAGCAGGAGCAUCCGGAGCGCGUGUGACUGGUGCGGGAUGGGGAGGUUGCAGUGUGCACAUGGUGCCGGCGGAUAAAGUCGCGGCAGUGACAGAGGCCCUGGAGAAGGAGUAUUUUGCCAAGAGGGACUUGACGGAAGAGCAAAAGAAGGGAGCCGUAGUGGUGAGCCGACCGGCUACGGGAAGUGCCAUCUACUACGUCCAGGACGGUGUGAAGCCUUGA